AUGCAAGAAUACGACACCGACGUGCUCGUGGUCGGUGCCGGCGUCGCUGGCCUAUCCACGGCCAUCCUCCUAGCUGAGCAAGGCAUCCGCGUUUCAGUAGUUGCCAAACACAACGGGACGGCACCGUCUCCACGCGCACAUGUCACGAAUCAAAGGACAAUGGAGGUUUUCCGAGACAUGGGCAUCGAAGCCGAGGCAAAAGCGGCCGGCUUCUCCCUAGUCGGUGCAGGCAGCCUUGUCAUGGCCACAAGCCUCACUGGCCAGGAGAUUAUGAGAUAUAGCUGCUACGGCGGCGGCGACCAUCAACUUACGGAUUUCGCCAAGUCGAGUCCGUGUUCAAUGCAUAAUAUCUCGCAAUACAUGCUCGAGCCAGUACUGCUCGCGAGAGCUCGGGAGAAAGGAGCGAAUAUCAAGUUCUACCACGAGCUGGUCGAUGUUGAGCAGUCAUCUACACAGGUUACCGCAAGAGUCAGGGAGCGGACAAGCCAAGGUGAAUACUCGGUCCGCGCAAAGUAUCUGGUUGGCGCAGAUGGAGCGCGAUCAACGGUUGCGACCAAGUCCGGGUUCGGCUUCGAGGGUGAGCCUGGUCUAAUGUCCAUGACUAGCUCAUGGGUGGAAAUGGAUCUGACCCAAUAUGUGGCUCAUCGUCCCGCCUGCAUUUACUGGAUGCUACAGCCAGGUGACGAGUUCUGGGUGGGAUCCGGCACCUGCGUGGUCAUGAAGCCUUGGACGGAAUGGGUUCUAAAUAGGCAGUACAACGCCGAGGAUGGCGAGCCUGAUACGUCGGACGAGGCCAUCAUUGCCCAUGCGCGUAAUGUGCUUGGCUUGCCGGACUCGUUACCUAUUCGAGUGAAGCAUAAAGCAAAAUGGCAGGUCAACCACGUUGUGGCGACUGAAUAUCGCCAUGGGCGCAUAUUUUUGGCUGGUGAUGCUGCGCAUCGUCAUCCUCCAUCCAGUGGUCUGGGCAGCAACACUUGCGUGCAGGAUGCCUAUAAUCUUGCCUGGAAGCUGGCUUUGGUUCUCAAGGGGAAAGCUGACGACAGCCUGCUGGAUACGUAUAGCCAGGAGAGACAGCCCGUUGGGAAGCAAGUUGUAGACCACGCCAUUGAGACCUUGCACCAGAUGGCCGCUCUCCCCAAGGCUCUGGGUUUCCAGCGUGGCCAGUCGCGCGAGCUUGGCUUUGCGCAGUUGGAGAAUCUCUUCUCGGACGCCGAAGGAGCCGAGGAGCGUCGUUUGUACCUGGAAGAGCAGGUCCAGCUGGGAAAUCGUCGUUCCAACGCGCUCGGGGUCCAGCUCGGUCAACGCUAUGAGAAUUCGGCUGCGAUCGUGUACGACGGAACGCCAUUUCCAGCGUAUCAACGUGACCCAGUCCUCUACUACGAGCCUACAACUUACCCUGGCGCUUACGUCCCCCACGCGUGGAUAGAACAUAAUCAACGGCGGAUCUCGGUUCUGGAUAUUUUCGAGCACGGACAUUUUGGGCUCAUCGUAGGUAUUGGUGGAAAGCCUUGGGAAGUCGCUGCUGAAGAGAAGCUAUCUUCCAUGGCGCGCUUCAAUUGGGAGGAUUCCUUGUCCGUUAAGAAUGCUCUCACACCGGAAGAGCUGGACAUCCAAGAAACGGCCAGGGCAUAUUGCCAAGAGCGACUACUUCCCCGUGUUCUCGAUGCAUACCGCGACGAAGACUACGACUCCAACAUUCUGAAAGAGAUGGGGAGCUUGGGACUUCUUGGCGCAACCAUACCCACCCACGGCUGCGCUGGUGUUAGCAGCGUUGCGUCUGGUCUGAUCGCCAAGGAAGUCGAGCGAGUCGAUUCGGGCUACCGAUCAGGCAUGUCUGUGCAGAGCUCGCUUGUCAUGGGCCCUAUUUCUGAACAUGGCACAGCGGAGCAAAAGGACCGUUUUCUCCCUCAGCUCCGAGAUGGGACAAUGAUUGGAUGCUUUGGCCUCACUGAGCCAAACCACGGGUCGGAUCCGGGAUCCAUGGAGACCAUUGCCAGAGAGCACCCCACAAAGAAAGGGUACUUCUCGUUAUCUGGCGCCAAAACUUGGAUCACCAACUCCCCCAUUGCCGAUCUGCUCGUUGUCUGGGCAAAGCUAGAGACAACGGGCAAGAUCCGGGGUUUUCUGAUAGAGCGAGGAGAAUGUCCGCCGGGCACUCUAGAAACUCCCCCUCUCAAGCACAAAAAUGGCCUUCGAGCCUCCAUAACCGGAAUGAUCCAACUCGACAACUGCCCAGUCCCCGCCGAGAACAUGCUUCAAGUGGAGGGCCUCAAGGGGCCUUUCAGCUGCCUCAAUUCUGCCCGCUACGGUAUCGCAUUUGGCACCAUGGGCGCAUUGGAGGAUUGUAUUACCCGCGCUAGGACGUACGCGCUUGACAGGAAUCAGUUUAAAAAGCCGCUGGCGAGCUAUCAGUUAAUUCAGAAGAAACUGGCUGAUGCGCUAACGGAUGCAGCGUACGGGACAUUGACGGCCAUUCACGUUGGAAGACUGAAGGAUGAUGGGGAAAUGGCACCGGAGAUGAUAUCUAUGAUAAAGAGGCAAAAUUGCGACAGAGCUCUAGCUGGGGCACGGGCGCUACAAGAGGUCUUUGGAGGGAACGCGGCGUCAGACGAGUAUCACAUUGGCCGCCAUGUAGCCAAUCUUUUUGUCGUUCAGACGUAUGAAGGGCAAUCUGAUAUUCACUGUGAGUGA